CGGCGGCGGCGGCGGCGGCAGCAGCGGCGGUGGCGACGGCGGCCGCCGCGCAAGGAAGUAACUGCCGCCACUGCUGCGGGCAGCGCCCCCGACACGAGCACCGUGCCGUGGCUCCCGCGGCGCGGUCUUCCCGAUCGCGGGCAGCCGCUGCCCGUCUCCCUCUCUCUCCCUUCCCCUCUCUCCGUGUUACACCCUCCUCUGAGCUUUGAGGCCGGAGGUUCCGGCCCUUCAGCGUAGUGACGGUCGGGGGAGGCCCAGGCCCGCCUCGAUUUCGGGGAGGGAGGAGGGGGCGGCCGCGCGCCUCCCCUCGGCUCCCCCGAGUUAGGUAGGAUGGAAGUAGCGGACGACCUUGGCCGAGCCGCUGGGUAGGGGUCCUAGCCUCCCCGGGGGGGAGCGAGUGACUGAGUGCCCUCGGGCCCGGCCGGGGAGACGGACGGAGGCGCCUGCGAGGUCAGGCUUGGUUGACCCUGGGGGCUGGCCCCAGGCCUUUGGGGACGGCGUCGGAUCCCAUCUGGCGACCUUGGCCUGGCGGGAACGAAGGAGCCGCUUGACUCUCUUGGGAAUGUGGACGGACUCUAACGGCAUUUGGCUCUAGAACCCGUGGUAAUGGAGGCCCCUGGAGGACCCCCCUUUAAGGAGGAUGGAGGAUGUUGAGGGGAAUCCCGUGCACCCCGUGGAAUCCAUCGUCUCCAUUAUUUUCUUGUGUCUAUCGGAGACUAAGGCUCUGGGCAGUCUGGCUUUGGCGCUCACUUGAGGGAUCCGUUCCCAAAGACACCCAGAUAGGCAGUCCACCGAUCCUAGAAACUAAUUGAGAGUGGCAAAGGAAGAGAGACCCGUAGAGUUGUGGGGCUUGCUGAAGAGCUGUAGGAGCAAUCACGUUUGAUCCGAGAGCCUGAGGAAAUCACGGUUUAGUCGUCCUGUCUGGAAGGAAACUUAUGGUGUUAUAGUUGAAGGAAUGUAGAGCGGACUGAUGCCAGAAUUGAAAGGUGAUGGUUUUUCGUGUGUGUUUUUUGGCUUACAUUGGAGGAAGACUUUAAUUUGUCAAUCUUGUAGGAAGAACUGGUGAAACUGUUUUUGCUUGAGUGGUCGUGUAAACUCGAUGUCUGUUGCAGUUGAGUUCACUUUUAAAUGAACUCUUGUAACCUGCCUCCCCACUUCUAGAUUUCAUUUAGAUUUUUUUGUUGUAACCAAAAUGUUGUAACUCAACAAAACUAGGCAAACUAAAAUUUUUCUACUUAAUUUUCAGAGUACAGUUGAAUGUGUCUUGUGUUACUGUCAUUUUGUCUUAAUUAAAAAAAUUUUUUUAUUAGGGUAGACAUACAUGGAAACUUAAUUUAAAGAUGUAACUUGGUAGUUUGACAAACUUUUGAAAGUUUGCCUUUGGAUAUGCUUGAUUAGUCUCCAAGACAGGAUUCACUAGGAUAGUGAAAAACUGCCCAUUCCCCACUACUCUCAGUACCAAAGUGUUUUCAUGAAACAUAUUGGAAUGUUUGGUGUAGCUAUGGUGCUUCCUUAGAAUACCAUCUUGCUACUCCUUAAAAAAAGAAUCUCUAGGAUAAUUCUUAAGUGGAAUCAUUAAGUCUUCACUGAACUACUUCUUUAAAUGGCUUAGUGUUUUCAAUAUCAGUGUCGUUAGAGAUAGAUAAACCUGACACUUUGCCCCUAGUAUCUUUCAAGAAUCUUUGGUCUUAAAUUUCUUUUAUAUAUUCUAGGGAAUAUAUAUUGCUACAAGAAAAGAAUUUUCUUUCUAAUAGGCAUACAUUUACCUUACUUUAGGAAUAAAGGUGUGGCCAUAGUUAAUACUGUUUUCAUCCUAUAAAAAAGUUAAUUUUUUUUGUACAUUGUGCAGAAUAGGGAAUUUUGUAGUUAUGUAUAGACCCAGUGCCAAAAGAAGUUUGCUUAGAGUGUUAAUAGCUACUUUCAGAGUGUUCUAGAUAUUGUUUCAAAAAAAGAAAAGAUUAGGAGUAUUCCUGGCAGUUUUUUCUUGGUGGCAAGUAAAGUUACAGUAAACUUCAUUAAUUUGAAAUUAAUCCUAAUUCAAGGCAAAGACUGAGUUAAACAUUUCUGUUAUGAAAAUGUUAAGGAGUGAGGGUGUAUUUAAUCUCCCAAAGUCAAACAGUUUUCAAGUUUCAAAUUUUUUUUUAAUAAAAGGUAAUUACAGAAGAAGCCUCUUUGUUUAUUAAAUAAGGCUUGGUAAGACAUUUAAUUGGACAUGCUUUUUAGUUCUGCUUGGCUUGGAAAAAGUAGUAAAAUCACUUUUAUAAAAAUAUUCCAUAAUUUGAACCUUUGACUAAUUCAAACUGCCCUUCCUUUAAACUCCCUUCAUUGAGAGUAAGUUUGGUGUAGCAUAAAUAAAAAGUACACUGGCCUUGGAAUAGAAGGCCUGGUUUCAAUUCUGGCCUUAGUAUUUAUUUUCCGAAUCAUGAGAAAGUCACUUCAACGUGCCUGAGUCUCACUUUUCUGUAAUAUUUCAUCUCUCAGUCUAUGAUGGGAAUAAAAUUGUAUAAUUUAUCUUACAGUACUGUUGUGAGGAGUGUGCUAUGUAAAGUUGAAGUGAUAUGUAAACGUGAUAUAUUCCAAAUUAAUGUGAUGUUACUGUAUUUCAAUUGUUUUUUUUCUGUAGUUUAUUUAGAACUUUUUGUAAAUAAGUGCAAUUUAGUUGUUUUGAAAUGAAUUAAGAUCGUAUUCUACAGAUAUUUGUUUUAUUUCACUGAUUUGUUGGGGAACUGUUAUGUGGUAGUUUUUUAGUUAAUCACAUUUUUCUGUGCAUCAGUAAUUGUCUGUAGUUCCAGUCUAUAUUAUGUUCCUGGUUAGUAAAAACUCAUUUGAUUUUAGUGAUGGUGUAGGAAUUGUUUCAAGACUUUAAUGAAGACUAGUUUUGUUGUUGUUUUUUUAAAGAGAUGGGUACGUGAAAGUUUGGUUCUGUCUGAAAGUUAGGCACAGUAUUUUUUCUGCAAGGGUCACAGGUUAUGACAUUUGGUUGAAUUGGACUUGUGGUUUACAUAUGACAGAAAGAUUCCAGGCAUUGUCUCUUAUGGUUUCUUUUCCUUGAUAUUUUGAAUGAUUGGACUGUUGUUUUAUUUUGGUUAGUUUCAAAGAGGAGGAAGAAAGAGGAUUUGAAUAUUAGUCAUAACGUGAGCUGGAUUUUUGUUCCUUUCAUGGAUGGAAGUUAAUGGAGGGUUUUCCUCCUAACAGUCUUGGAGCUAAUUCAUUAUGGAACAGUUGAUGAUCAAGUAAUUUCAAGCAUGUUUUCACCAUUUGCUGACCUCAGUUUCUCAUUUUAUAUUUUCUUUUCUACUUCUAAAAUGGAAUCAAUCAGAUUAUAUUAAAAAAAAAAAAUUAAGCAAAGGCACAGUAUGUGGCUUUUUGCUGAAGGAGACCUGAUUUGCCCUUGGAACAAAGAAGAAUAUUUCAUAAAAAUGUGCCCAUAAUUGUGGUUCCUUACAGUGCUUCACUAUUGUGUUAUAGCCACUGAAAUGGACAUUCUACAGUAAUCUGGCAUUGUUUAAGACAAAAUACAGAUGGAGCAGGCAUUAAUUAUGUUUCAUUUUCUUUCCACAGUUAAGUUGGUUUUACAGAAUUAUCAGGUCUUCGAGAAAAAAAAUAAAUAAUCCAACAGGUCAUUAUUGCUGUGGUUUGAGCUCAGCAUGGCUGUAGUCAUCCGUUUACAGGGGCUUCCUGUUAUUGCGGGGCCUGUGGAUAUUCGUCACUUCUUCUCGGGAUUGAAUAUUCCUGAUGGAGGAGUGCAUAUAAUUGGAGGAGAAAUUGGGGAGGCUUUUAUUAUUUUUGCAACAGAUGAAGAUGCACGACGUGCCAUGAGUCGGUCAGGAGGGUUUAUCAAGGACUCCCCUGUAGAGCUUUUUCUUAGCAGCAAGACAGAAAUGCAGAAUACCAUAGAAAUGAAACGAAAAAGAUUUGAUCGUGGAGGAAGAGAACUGAUAUCAGGCUCCAAAAGACCAGGAUCUAGUAGUUCUGGUGCAUCAGGGGUUGGCAGCCUAUCUAAUUUAGUUGAGGCUAUUAAGAAAGGAAUAAAUAAACCUGGCUAUGAUCCUUCUGAUGAUCCAGAGGCUGGUUUUCAUACCAAUGGUACAAGACAUGGUAUUACGGGGCCAAGAAAAGAAACACGUACAUUCAAAUCAGAUAACCGUUACUUAUUUUUACGUGGUUUGCCAUACUCAGCAACUGAAGAUGAAGUACGUGCUUUCUUUCCUGGAUUAUGUGUGGAUGGAGUUAUUUUAUUAAAACAUCCAACUGGCAGAAAUAAUGGUGAUUGCUUGGUAAAAUUUGCUACAUCUCAUGAUGCUUUAGGAGGUCUUCAACGCCAUAGACAUUACAUGGGUUCAAGAUUUGUUGAAGUUAGUCCAGCUUCAGAGCAACAGUGGAUUGACUGUGGCGGUAGUGUAGAUAUAAAGGAUGAAGUUCAUUUCAGAAGUGAAGAGCGUUCUCCACAAAGAGGAAUAAAUGAUGCACAUUCAAAAAAACGAUCGCGAUCAAAAUCCCCAAGAAGAGUGAAAAGACGCUCCCGUUCCCCUCACAAAUAUGGAUUUUAUGUUCAUUUAAAAAAUCUGUCACUAAGUGUUGAGAAGAGAGAUAUAAAAAAUUUCUUUAGAGAUACUGAUCUGGCCAGUGAUCAGAUUAAAUUUUUGUAUAAGGAUCAGAAAAGAACAGGAUCUGCCUUUGUGAUGUUCAAGACAUUGAGAGACUAUAAUUCUGCUCUCGCCUUACACAAAUUUAUAUUAUUUCAUCGUCAAGUUCUUAUUGAUCCUAUAUCUAAAAAAACAAUGCUGAAAUUCAUUGAAUGUUAUGAAAAAAAAAGAUCAGGGUCAGUGGGGAGAGAACGACCUGGGCAUAUUCCAGAAAAAAACUACCGGGAAGGACAUUCUGGCCCAAAGCUGUGCAUAUAUAUAAGAAAUUUUCCAUUUGAUGUCACUAAAGUUGAGGUACAAAAGUUCUUUGCCGGGUUUUCUAUUGAUGAGGAUGAUGUUUACUUGCUUUAUGAUGACAAAGGAGUUGGUCUGGGAGAGGCACUGGUGAAAUUUAAAUCAGAAGAACAGGCAAUGAAAGCUGAAAGUUUAAACAGACGAAGGUUCUUGGGAACAGAGGUAUUAUUAAGACUUAUAUCUGAGGAACAAAUGCAGGAGUUUGGUGUGAAUAUUUCAUCUAUCUCAGGUGAGAAAAUGCAAGAUCAUUCACAGACACGAGAUAGAGAUGAACAUUCCCAUUCAGUUGAUACACAAGGACCAUCUGUACAUUCAUUUGGCCCUCCUGGAAAAUUCCGCCAUCCCCCAGAGGAUUUUCGUCAACAACCUGACAAUUUCCGGCAUCCUUCUGAUGAUUUCCGGCACCCUCCAGACAGACACCCUCCAGAUGAUUUCCGGCACCCUCCAGACAGACAUCCUCCAGAUGAUUUCCGGCACCCUCCAGACAGACAUCCUCCAGAUGACUUCAGGCAACCGGAUAAUUUUAGACCACCACCUGAUGAUUUCAUGUGCCCACCUGAUGAUUUCAGAGGUCCUCGUCCUUUCAUGAAUUUUGGUCCCCCUGAAGGUGAACCUUUUGGCAGGUUUGAUUUUGGAAACAAUAACAUGGGAGGCUUUCCAGAGGGAAGAUUUAUGUCUGAUCCAAAUUUCAAUUGUGGCUCAGGUAGAGUAACUCCUAUUAAAAUAAUGAAUCUUCCAUUUAAAGCAAAUGUCAAUGAAAUCUUGGACUUUUUCCAUGGUUAUGGAGUAAUACCAGAAUCAGUUUCAAUACAGUAUAAUGACCAAGGAUUACCAUUAGGGGAGGCCAUUGUUGCAAUGGUAAACUAUGAUGAGGCUAUGGCUGCUAUUAAUGACCUGAAUGACAGACCAGUUGGCCCACGAAAAGUUAAACUAAUUUUGCUCUAGAGGCUACUUAGCAAUUUACAUUUCCCCCCAACUCCCCCACAGUAUUGGUGCAGCAAAAUGCAUUUGUAUAAAAAAAAAGUGUUUAUUUUUAAUUACCAAAAAACCUCCCCAAACCAUUAAUUUUGACAAUUCCUAUGAAGAGCAAAUUGUAAAUAGUGGAAUGUUUAGAUCUUUUUUCAUAAGGUGUUUUUUUUUUUUUUUUUGAGUGUGCGUGUGAGUGUGCGUGCGUGUGUGCGCAAAUUGCCAUCUAACUUUUUUAAAUUUUCAACUUCAUUAUGCUUUAUUCUUUGACGGUGGAUAAUAGCACUAAUCCUUUAAAUGAUUUAUGUAAAUUGCAUAGUUUAAUUUCAAAAAUUGAAAAGUAGAGUUGUAAUGUUAUUUGGGAAAAGGGAAAUUUUUAUUCCUCCUUUCCAUAGUCCAUAGUAUCUUUAUACAAAUGUUUAAGGAAAUGUUACAUGAUUUGUUCAGGUAUGACAUUUUCAUUGCUUACCUGAUUGUACAAAUAAAAUUUCCUAACCAUCACCUGGGACAAUACUGUAUUAGUCCCAUGUUAAAAAUUGCAAAAUGGACAGAAUGUAAACUUGAAAAUUUCUUCUGUGAAAAAUCUUAUUAGACUUGUUAAAUUGUUUCAUAUGUUCACAGGAAUUCUUAAAAGUUUCCAUGUUCAUUACUUUACAGAAUUAAAAAAAAAUAAAGAUACAGCUGAAUGGACCAACUAUUCAAUGUUUACUUGUGUUUGUAUUUAAAAAAAAAAAAAAAAGAAAAGAAAGGGAAAACUUUAUCAGCUUAGUGUUUGGGGGUACUUUUAAUAAAAAUGUUAAAACUUUUUACAAAUAUAUAGGAUCAGAUAUUCUUUAUGUAUAACACUCUUUGUUUCUCACAAUAUUGCAAAUACAUUGAUUUAGGAACCACAGGCAUGAGGCUUGUGUAUAAAAGUAAUAUAGCAAUUCUCUUGAUUUCUUUGUGAAAAAUAAAUGGACCCAUUGGUUUAGGUUACAAAAUUAGUAUUUGUCAUUUCUAGUUUCCAAACAAAUGGCUAUAGGUAUUAACUGUUAGAUACCUUAGAGGUUGUAUAAUAAUCUUUGAUAGGUACAAAAUUAAUAACCAGAGAGGUAAAAUAAUUUGCAUAUAAAUAAAAUCACAUAACUAGGGUAGGGGCAGGACUUAAUUCAAGGAUUCAUUACCGACCUUACAACAUAGUGCUUCUCAAAAGUUUCAAAUCACCAUAGGCAAAACAAUAACUUAUAAAAUAUCAGAUUUUAUCAGUAUUUUUGGACAUCUUAUUGCAUCUAUUUGAAAGUAUUUCAAGUUGAUGCCACUUUUGUGAAUGAAUUUCAUUUCAAAAGUUACUCGGGUACUUUUUGGGAAUUCUAGCAUGGCAAUUUACAGCAUGUAAUUCUAGUACACAUCUCAUUGUAAAGUUGCCUUUACAUUAAGCUCAGCAAUUCUAAAAUAUUAGGUUAUCCUUUGACUUUUGUAUCAGUAUUUGGGCUGAUUACUUAGCCAAAACAUUUAGGUUUUCAACCUGCAAAAAAACCCCUCCACUUUUUUUUUAGACUAUCUUUGGUGGGUGUCUACAAUGUACUUCCAUACCUUAUUU